GUUUCAGCGGCAACUCUCGUACGUUUAUCUUUGCAAGUAAAGCAACCUUUCUUUCUUUCACAUGAGAAUAAGUUAGUGUAUGUACUAUAUAAUAUGAUAUCAUCGUAAGAUCGAGGCUAUAAACACUAACCAACAAUUAAAGAAAAUGGAUCAAAGAUCAACUAAGAGCUUAGAUGAGCUAAGGGAGACCUUCAAAAGUGGAAAGACAAAGACUUUUGAAUGGAGGAAAGCACAGCUUCAAUCUCUCUUAAAAAUGGUUACAGACCAAGAAAACAAGUGUUUUCAAGCACUUUAUGAUGAUGUUGGCAAGAGCAAAAUUGAAGCUUUCAAGGAUGAGGUUGGACCUUCAAAGAAAGCUGUCGUCCAUGCUUUGAGUUGCCUGAAGAACUGGAUGGCUCCCAAAAAGGCUGGGAUUAGAUUGCUAUUUUUCCCUGCCAAGGGAGAAGUAGUACCAGAACCAUAUGGCCUUGUUCUCAUUAUGACAUCUUGGAACUACCCUUUAGACUUGGCAUUGGAACCAUUGAUUGGAGCUAUAGCUGCAGGAAAUGCGGUUGUCAUAAAGCCCUCAGAGAUGGCACCGGCGACCUCUUUGUUUCUUGCUAACACCAUUCCUCAGUACUUGGAUAACACUGCAAUUAAGGUCAUUGAAGGAGGACCUGAUGUUAGCCAGCAGCUCUUGCAACAGAAAUGGGACAAGAUUUUCUACACUGGAAGUCCAAGGGUUGGUCGAAUAGUGAUGACUGAAGCUGCUAAGCAUUUAACGCCUGUGACUUUAGAGCUUGGGGGUAAAUGCCCCAUCAUCUUUGAUUACUCUUCAAUCUCCUCUAAUCUCAAGGUGGCUAUUCGGAGGCUUACAUCUGCUAAGUGGGGCGCUUGCUGUGGACAAGCUUGCAUUGCUAUAGAUUAUGUGCUUGUGGAGGAGAAGUUUGCAUCCUCAUUGGUUGACUUGCUCAAAACGUUAGUGAGAAGACUUUAUGGGGAGAACAUAGAGACCUUGGGAAAUAUCAGUAGGAGUGUGAAUAAGCAUCAUUUUGACAGAGUGUGUAAUUAUCUUAAGGAUCCAGCAGUGGCAGCUUCAAUUGUGCAUGGAGGCUCAUACGACGAAAAAAAUUUGCUUAUUGAGCCAACUAUCUUACUAAAUCCUCCACUUGAUUCUGUGGUCAUGAACGAGGAGAUAUUCGGCCCAAUUUUGCCAAUUAUAACUUUGAAGAACAUUCAAGAAAGUAUUGAAUUCAUCAAUAUGAGACCAAAGCCACUUGCUCUUUAUGCAUUUACACACAACAAUAAGUUCAAAAAGCGGAUAGUCUCAGAAACUUCCUCUGGAAGUUUGCUUUUUAAUGAUGUUUUAAUUCAGUAUAUUUGUGAUGAGCUGCCAUUUGGAGGAGUAGGACAGAGCGGGAUGGGAAAAUAUCAUGGAAAGUACUCUUUUGAUGCGUUUAGCCAUGAGAAAUCCGUGCUGUACCGAGGCUACUUUCCUGAUUUGUCUGCAAGGUAUCCUCCAUGGAACGCGUUUAAGUUGGAGUUUUGUAGGGUGGGUUACAAAGUCGACUACUUUAAUCUUUUGCUUCUCUUGCUUGGCUUCAGAGGAUAUCCCAAAGAAGACUAAUACAAGUUGAAAUCAUCCCACAAUUAAAACAUUGAAUUGAUGAAAGAUUAAAUUAGUUCAUUGCUUAUAAAGAUGAAUUUGUUUUGUUUGUUGUAUGUCCUUUGCGUUUGUUAACUUAGUUGGUAACUUAGUAUGUUCGUGCUCUGGAAUAAAUAUCUCUGGAAAUAAGUUUACAUUUGCUUAAAUAAGUACUCUGUAGGUGUUUAUUGGAA